AUGGCUUCCAAUCCUCCAUUCCAAGUGAUGGAGGAUCAAACCGACGAGGAUUUCUUCGACAAAUUAGUCGACGAUGAUUUCGGGCCUAACAGCUCCGAUGCCGCCCAGGUGAGCGAAUUUUCUGAGGGGAGUGAUUCCGAUGAGGCCAAGGCGUUUGCUAAUCUGAGCAUUGAGGACGUCAACGGUGGCGGCGAGGACGGUGGAGUUGUGGAGGAGGAGGUGAGAGAUGAUGGGAAUUCGGGGGAUGUGCCUGCUGGAAUUUCUGGGUCUCCGACGGAGGAGAGUGAUGGGAAUUCGGGGGAUAAGCAGCUGCUUCUUCACCCUGAAUUUGAUGACUCUGCUCAGCUGUCCCAGAUUGAGACAGAGAAACUCUUGGCACAUCUUGUGGAGGUAGAAAUGAACAAGCGCCAGAAAGAAGGCACAUACAAGGGGAAGAAAUUCAAUGCCAUCUGCCACUUUUUUGGUUAUCAGGCUCGUGGAUCUUUACCAUCGAAGUUUGACUGUGACUAUGCCUAUGUUCUUGGCCAUAUCUGCUACCAUAUUCUUGCUGCUGGUCUAAAUGGUUACAUGGCAACUGUUACUAACCUUAAGAACCCUGUGAAUAAAUGGCGUUGUGCUGCUGCCCCAAUCACAGCAAUGUUGACAGUGAAUCGAUGGGCUCAAAGUCCCGGUGCACCUUCAAUUGGAAAACCUGCUAUUCAUCCAGCUACUGUUGACUUGAAUGGCAAGGCAUAUGGACAAAAUGUAGUGAGAUUUUUGCUGGAUGAUUUGUACAGAAACCCGGGACCGCUACAGUUUGACGGUCGAGGGGCAGAUGCCAAAGCUGUGACUCUGUGCGUUGAAGACCAAGAUUACAUGGGCAGAAUCAAGGCACUGCAGGAAUACUUGGACAAGGUUCGUACCAUAGUGAAGCCAGGUUGUUCGUCUGAAGUUCUGAAGGCUGCUUUGAGUGUAAUGGCUUCAGUGACAGCGGUUCUUACCACCAUGUCAUCAACUCCAUCUAAUGGCCUCAUCACGCUGUAG